CCAGCUCAGAUGACUCGCAGUACCAGUGAGCGCACCCGGCUGUCAACACUCAUGGGCUGCAAAACACACACCCCCUCACACACACACUCAGAAACACGUCUGCGUCAUGCGUCCUGAGAGCGACAGCACGAACUCGGUAACUCCGAUGGACGCGGCAAAACGCACGGCGUCGGCAGCAGCAGCAGCAGCAGCAGCAGUCUGAGGGGCUGUGUGCCUCCUGCUUAUUUGUCCAGCUGCGUGUCCCCCACUGCUUUGGGAAAGUUGUGCUCUGAGUCGCAUUAUGGAUUUUAUAGCAACAAGCAGCAACGGCAGCAACGCGACCAGCGGUUAUCCUGAAGGGGUGGACUUGGUUGGCGACGGUGGCAGGGGUGAGAAUGACACUGGAUCUGGGUCUCUGCCAGAGCUGGUGCUCGGUUACCAGAUUAUCACCUCUCUGCUCCUGGGGGCCCUCAUUCUCUGCUCCAUAUUUGGCAACGCGUGCGUCGUGGCAGCCAUCGCCCUGGAGAGAUCUCUCCAGAAUGUGGCCAACUAUUUGAUCGGAUCCCUGGCCGUGACAGACCUCAUGGUAUCAGUGCUGGUUCUGCCAAUGGCGGCUCUUUACCAAGUUUUAAGCAAGUGGACUUUGGGGCAGGAGAUCUGCGAUUUAUUUAUCUCUCUGGAUGUACUGUGUUGCACAUCAUCCAUCCUCCACCUGUGCGCAAUCGCCUUGGACAGGUAUUGGGCCAUAACCGACCCCAUAGACUAUGUAAAUAAACGGACGCCAAGGCGAGCUGCGGUCUUGAUAGGCGUGACUUGGCUAAUUGGUUUCUCCAUUUCUAUUCCGCCUAUGUUAGGCUGGAGAAGCGCCGAAGAUAGGGCGACCCCCGACCAAUGCAUCAUCAGCCAGGACCCGGGCUACACCAUCUAUUCCACUUUUGGGGCUUUUUACAUCCCUCUUAUCCUCAUGUUGGUCCUGUACGGGCGAAUAUUCAAGGCUGCUCGCUUUCGGAUUCGAAAGACAGUAAAGAAAACGGAGAAAGCAAAAGUGUCAGAAAAGUGCUUGGCCGUGUCUCCGGCCAUAUUCCACAAGAAAACCAACGGGGAGGCCGGUGGCAAAGGCUGGAAGCGCGACAAAUCUAAACCCAGCUCUCCGUGCGUAAAUGGCGCGGUGAAGCAUGGAGACGAGGGCGAGUCACUGGAGAUCAUAGAAGUUAUCAGCAACUCAAAGACGCACCUGCCUCUGCCCAACACCCCCCAGUCCUCACAGGGCUACGAAAAUAUGAAUGAAAAGAGCUCGGGGGCGAAGAGAAAGAUCGCACUAGCCAGGGAACGUAAAACGGUGAAAACGCUCGGCAUCAUCAUGGGAACUUUCAUCUUCUGCUGGUUGCCGUUUUUCAUCGUCGCCCUAGUGCUGCCUUUCUGCUCAGAGAGCUGCUACAUGCCCGAGUGGCUGGGCGCUGUCAUAAACUGGCUGGGCUACUCCAACUCUCUCCUCAACCCCAUCAUAUAUGCCUACUUCAACAAAGACUUCCAAAGUGCUUUCAAGAAGAUUAUAAAAUGCAAAUUCCACAGACCGUGACGACAAAGACAGACUUUUUUCGUUUCACUAAAAUGUGGAGCAAUUAAACGGGACAGCGGCAAAUGUUCACAGACUGUAUAGAGAAGCAAAAAAAAUAAAAAAUAAAUAUACAGACUUCAUUCAGGGACAGUGUCUUUUUGGUGUUGGAGGAUCGUGUAAAAAUGAACCACCGAUAAAAUGAGACAAGACAGAAACUUUUGGCUCUCAAUGUACAAGCUCAUGUUUAUUCACUGUUGUAGCUACAGUAUAUAGUAUAGCCUAUAUGCAAAGACAGCCAUCGUUGUAUUGCCAUGCAAGACGUGUCAUGUGCUGAUUCCAUGCAUUUUAUCAUGAGGCACGCGGGGGUUUUCCUUCCCACGCCAUGAGCUUUGUAGCACUGAAACAAUAAAAGCAAUCAAAGUUUGUCAUUAA